AGCGAGCACCGGGGCCCUCUGCCUCUCUGCCACCGGCCCGCCGCUGUGCCAGCCCCCAGGAUGGGUGCCCCGAGCGGGUGCCUGGCGCUGGCCUGGGCCCUUGUGGCCCUGCUCUCGGUGCAGAGGACAGAGACCCAGGGCAGCACGGAGCCUGCUGUGAACAGUUGGAGGGUGGACGUCGCUCGGAGCAUGACCAUCAUCCCGCCCAUCACCGUCUUCCCCACCAUGAGCUCCCUGAACGCCGCGCACAACGGGCGGGUGUGCAGCACCUGGGGCGACUUCCACUAUAAGACCUUCGACGGGGACGUCUUCCGCUUCCCGGGCCUGUGCAACUACGUCCUCUCCAUGCACUGCGGGGCCGCCUACGAGGACUUCAACGUCCAGGUCCGCCGCGGCCUGGCCGGCUCCAGGCCUACCAUCACCCACAUCAUCCUCAAGACCCAGGGGCUGGUGCUGGAGGCCUCCAACGGCUCGAUCCUCAUCAACGGGCAGCGGGAGGAGCUGCCCUACAGCCGCGCCGGCGUCCUGGUAGAGGAGAGCAGUGUCUACAUCAAGGUUGACGUCCGGCUGGUGCUAACCUUCCUGUGGAACAGAGAGGAAGCCGCCCUGCUGGAGCUGGACCCCAAGUACGCCAACCAGACGUGUGGUCUGUGUGGGGACUUCAACGGACUCCGGGCCGUCAACGAGUUCUAUGCCCAUAACGCCAGGCUGACCCCUCUCCAGUUUGGAAAUCUCCAGAAGCUGGAUGGGCCCACAGAGCAAUGCCAGGACCCCCUACCUUCCCCCGCCAACAACUGCACGGAUAGGGAGGGCAUCUGCCACCGCACCCUGUUGGGCCCGGCCUUCUCGGAGUGCAACACGCUGGUGGACCCUGCCGUGUACGUGGCCGCCUGCACCCAGGAUCUGUGCCGCUGCCCGGACUGCCCGUGUGCCACCUUCGCCGAGUACUCCCGCCAGUGUGCCCAUGCAGGGGGACAGCCCCAGAACUGGAGGGGCCCUGACCUCUGCCCCUGGACCUGCCCCCUCAACACACAGCAGCGGGAAUGCGGCUCGCCCUGCGCGGACACCUGCUCCAACCCGGAGCGCUCCCAGCUCUGCGAGGACCACUGUGUGGAUGGCUGCUUCUGCCCCCCAGGCACGGUGCUGGAUGACGUCACCCACACGGGCUGCCUGCCCCUAGAACAGUGUCCAUGCACCCACGGCGGCCACACCUACGCCCCGGGGGCCUCCUUCACCACCAGCUGCAGCUCCUGCACCUGCUCUGGGGGGCUGUGGCAAUGCCAGAACCUUCCGUGCCCUGGCACCUGCUCCGUCCAGGGAGGGUCCCACAUCUCCACCUACGAUGAGAGACUCUACGAUGUGCAUGGGGACUGCAGCUACGUCCUGUCCAAGAAAUGUGCAGGCAACGGCUUCACUGUGCUGGCCGAGCUGCGGAAAUGUGGCCUGACGGACAACGAGAACUGCCUCAAAAUGGUGACGCUCAGCGUGAACGGCGGGGACACGAUCAUCCAGAUCCAGGCCAGCGGCGGGGUAUUCAUGAACUCCGUGCACACGCGGCUGCCCGUGUCAGCAGCCAACAUCACCAUCUUCAGGCCUACGUCCUUCUUUGUCCUGGUGCACACGGGCCUCGGGCUGCAGCUGCAGGUUCAGCUGGUGCCCCUCAUGCAGGUGUUCCUCAGGCUGGACCCCUCCUAUCACGGACAGAUGUGCGGCCUGUGCGGGAACUUCAACCAGAACCAGGCCGAUGACUUCCGGACCCUCAGCGGCGUGGUGGAGGGCACGGCCGCCGCCUUCGCCAAUACCUGGAAGACCCAGGCCGCCUGCCCCAAUGUCAAGAACAGCUUCGAGGACCCCUGCUCCCUCAGCGUGGAGAACGAGAACUACGCCCAGCACUGGUGCUCCCUGCUGACCGACCCUGCCGGAGCCUUCUCGCCCUGUCACUCUGUCCUCAACCCUGCACCCUUCCACUCGCACUGCAUGUUCGACACGUGCAACUGUCAGAAGAGCGAGGACUGUCUGUGUGCGGCCCUGUCCUCCUACGUGCACUCCUGUGCCGCCAAGGGGGUGCUGCUCAGAGGCUGGAGGGACGGCGUGUGCACCAAGUAUGUGAGCAGCUGCCCCAAGUCCCAGAACUACAGCUAUGUGGUGGCCGGCUGCCAGCCCACCUGCCGCGCUCUGAGCCAGGUCGACGUCACCUGCGGCGUCACCUUCGUGCCUGUGGACGGCUGCAUCUGCCCCUCGGGCACCUUCCUGGAUGACUCGGGUGCCUGCGUGUCCGCUGAGGCCUGUCCCUGCUACUUCCGUGGCUCUGCAGUGGCCCCGGGGGAGGUGGUGCAUGACGACAGCGUGGUGUGCUCGUGCGUGGGUGGGAAGCUGAGUUGCCUGGGAGCAGCGGAGCACAGGAGCUCAGGGUGCGCGGCCCCCAUGGUGUACCUGGACUGCCGCAACGUCUCCGCUGGCGCGCCCGGGGCCGAGUGUCUCAGGAGCUGCCACACGCUCGACGUGGACUGUUUCAGCACUCACUGCGUGUCCGGCUGCGUCUGCCCCCCGGGGCUGGUGUCGGACGGGAGCGGAGGCUGCGUGGCGGAGGAGGACUGUCCUUGUCUGCACAACGAGGCCGCCUACAAGCCCGGGGAGACCAUCAGGGUCGACUGUAACACCUGCACGUGCAGGAGCCGCAGGUGGGAAUGCAGCAGCAAGGCCUGCCUGGGCACCUGCGUGGCCUACGGGGACGGCCACUUCAUCACCUUCGAUGGCGAGCGCUACAGCUUUGAAGGAAGUUGCGAGUACACGCUGGCGCAGGACUACUGUGGGGGCAAUGGCACCGGCACCACAAACGGGACUUUCCGCGUCGUCACCGAAAACGUCCCCUGUGGGACCACGGGUGUCACCUGCUCUAAGGCCAUCAAGCUCUUCCUGGAGAACUAUGAGCUGAUCCUGCGUGAGGGCACCCACAAGGUGGUGCAGAGGGGGCCGGGCGGAGACCUGCCGUACAAGGUCCGGUACACGGGCGUCUACCUGACUGUCGAGACCCGCAGCGGCAUGGUGGUGUCCUGGGACCGAAAGACCAGCGUGUUCAUCCGACUACAGCAGGGCUACAAGGGCCGGGUCUGCGGGCUGUGCGGGAACUUUGACGACAACGCCGUCAAUGACUUCACCACGCGGAGCCAGUCCGUGGUGGGCAACGCCCUGGAGUUUGGCAACAGCUGGAAAUUCUCCCCGUCCUGCGCCGACGCCCCGGCCCCCAGGGACGCCUGCGCCGCCAACCCGCACCGCAGGUCCUGGGCCCAGAAGCAGUGCAGUGUCCUCAACAGCGCCACCUUUGCCGCCUGCCAUUCUCAGGUCGACUCCACCAAGUAUUACGAGGCCUGCGUGGGCGACACGUGUGCCUGUGACUCCGGGGGCGACUGUGAGUGUCUUUGCACGGCCGUGGCCGCCUAUGCCCAGGCCUGCCGCGACGUGGGCGUGUGCGUGUCCUGGCGGACCCCGGACAUCUGCCCCUUGUUCUGCGACUACUACAACCGCGAGGGCCAGUGCGAGUGGCACUACCAGCCGUGCGGCGCGCCCUGCAUGAGGACCUGCCGGAACCCGAGCGGCCGCUGCCUGACCGACCUGCCGGGCCUGGAAGGCUGCUACCCAAAGUGCCCGCCCAGCGAGCCGUUCUUCAACGAGGACCAGAUGAAGUGCGUGGCCCAGUGCGGCUGCUACGAUGAGGACGGGAACUACCACGACGUGGGCGCGAGGGUCCCCACGGCAGAGAACUGCCAGAGCUGUGAAUGCACGGCCGGCGGCCUCCGGUGCACGCACAGCCUCGAAGCCUGCACCUGCACCUACGAGGGCAGGACCUACCAUUUCGAGGACGUCAUCUACAACACGACCGACGGGCUCGGUGCCUGUUUGAUCGCCAUCUGUGGAAACAAUGGGACCAUCAUUCGGAGGGCUGUGGAAUGUCCCGGAACCCCGUCCACGACACCCUUCGCCUUCACCACCACCGUGACACCCCUCUCCACAACAGGCUCAGUCCCCACCUCCUCCACCGUGUGUGUGCGAGAAGUGUGCUAUUGGUCCGGCUGGCAUGACAGCAACCAUCCAGAGCCUGGCCUGGCAGGUGGAGACUUUGAGACGUUUGUGAACCUGAGGCAGAGGGGCCAUGAGGUCUGCCCAGCCCCAGUGGCCAUUGAGUGCCGGGCACAGAAAUUCCCCCACAUCCCGCUGCAGCUCCUGGGCCAGAAAGUGGAGUGUGACGUGGCCCGGGGGCUGACUUGCCUCAACGGUGAGCAGAGCCACCAGCUAUGCUAUAACUAUGAGCUGCAAGUCCUCUGCUGUGACCACGUGCCCUGUGGCACCUCCCCUGGUGCCACCACCCAGCAGCCACCGGUCAGCUCCCUGUCUGGCCCCACCUUCCAGUCCACGGAGGCCCCCACCGUCCAGUCCACGGCGGCCCCCACCGUCCAGUCCACGGGGGCUCCCACCGUCCAGUCCACGGCGGCCCCCACCGUCCAGUCCACGGGGGCCCCCACCGUCCAGUCCACGGGGGCCACAACCACGACAGGGACCCGGACACCAAGCAGCUCCUCAGCCUCGGCCACCACCACCUGUCAGCCCCGGUGUCGGUGGACAGAGUGGUUCGAUGAGGACUACCCCAAGUCCGAGGAGGCCGGGGGGGACGUUGAGUCGUAUGACAAGAUCAGGAGGGCGGGAGGGGCCGUGUGCGAGCAGCCGGAGGACAUCGAGUGCCAGGCCGAGAUCUUCCCCGGCAGGAGCCCCGCGGAGCUGGGCCAGCACGUGCACUGCGACCCCGGCUUCGGCCUGGUGUGCAGGAACGAGGAGCAGGCGGGUCUGUUCAAGAUGUGCUACAACUACAGGAUCCGUGUGCUCUGCUGCAGCCGCGACCACUGCACAGGGCCCACCACCACCGCCGCCGGGCCGUGGACUCGGACGAGCCCGCAGGGGACCCCGUGGCGCCCCUCGACGGGAGCCACCCUGGCGUCACGGACCACACCAACCCACGUGGCUCCCACUGUCACAAGAGCAGCGGGCGCAACCGGCACCGGAACCAUCAGCCCACCGUCCACAGAGACGACCACGCCAACGACAAAGACGUCGCCGGGAACCCCGGGAACCGGGCCCACGGCCGGCCAGGGCACGACAGGCUGUCAGCCCCAGUGCGAGUGGACAGACUGGUUUGACGUGGACUUCCCGACCUCAGGGGUGGAGGGCGGGGACAUGGAGACCUUCGACAACAUCAGGGCCGCCGGGGGCAAGCUGUGCCGGGAGCCCAAGGACGUACAGUGCCGGGCAGAGAGCUACCCCGAGGUCAGCAUCGACCAGAUCGGGCAGGUGAUCAGCUGCAGCCUGCAGACAGGGCUGGUCUGUAGGAACGCGGACCAGAAGGGCCAGUUCAACAUGUGCUUCAACUAUAACGUCCGGGCGCUCUGCUGCCAGCCCUCCCCCUACUGCCCCACCUCCGCGGCCACCAGCACCAGCAGCACUGCUGCUGGGACUGUGACGUCACCGGGACCAGGGGCCUCCACCAGAGCAGUAACCUGGUCCCAGGCCUCUUCCCCCAGGAACACCCCAAUGGUCACUGUCCCCACCUCCCAGACAGGUCCCUCCUCCCCCGGGACCACCCAGACCCUUCCUCCUUUGUCUAGGACCACCCAGAUCCUUCCUUCUUCCCCCAGGACCACCCAGACCCCUCCUUCUUCUGGAACCACCUGGAGGGUCACUGUCCCCACCUCCCAGACAGUUCCUUCCUCCCCCUGGACCACCCAGACCCUUCAUCCUUCCUCUGGGACCACCUGGAGGACCACUGUCCCCACCUCCCAGCCAGGUCCCUCCUCCCCCCAGACCACCCAGAGACUCUCUGUGGCCACCGGCCAGACGCUUCCUCCCUCUGCCAGGAUCACAGACAGGGUCUCCAGCCCCAGCCCCUCCUCCUCUCCGGGCAUCCCCACGACGACCACCAAGCCCACCUCAGCCCACGCACCCACCACGGUCCCUGUGGUGACCUCCAGUGGGUGGACCACCCCCUGGUCCCAGCCCAGCAGGCCCACCUCCAGGACCACACCGGUCUCCACAGCCUCGCGGCCCGGCUCCACCACACACACGCUGGCCCCCUCAUCCUCCCCGGGCUGCAGGCCACGGUGCGCGUGGACAGACUGGUUCGACGAGGACUACCCCAUACCGGGCCCCGACGGCGGGGACUUCGAGACCUUCGCGGUCUGGCGCUUGGCCGGGCACGUCUUCUGUGACCGGCCCCGGGACAUCGAGUGCCGAUCAGAGAAGGUGCCCGAUGCGCCCCUGGAGGAGGUGGGGCAGGUGGUCCAGUGCAACGUGAGCUUUGGGCUGGUGUGCCGCAACCGCGAGCAGCCGGGGCCCCUGCCCUACUGUCACAACUUCCACGUGCGACUGCUCUGCUGUGAGGACUACAGCCACUGUGCCAACUCUGCGGUCCCUGAGCCCACCACCAGCAGCAGCAGCACAGGACAAAGGUCAUCGCAGGUUCCUGAGCCACAGACGACGGCCACGUACCCCUCCUCCUCUGCCACUACCCAGAGGGUCACUGUCCCCACCACCCAGACCCUUCCUCCUUCCUCUGGGACCACCCAGACCCCUCCUCCUUCCUCUGGGACCACCCAGACGCUUCCUUCUUCCCCUGGGACCACCAAAACCCUUUCUCCUUCCUCUGGGACCACCCAGACCCCUCCUCCUUCCUCUGGGACCACCCAGACCCAUUUUACUUCCCCUGGGACCACCCAGAGCCUUUCUGUUUCCUCUGGGACCACCCAGAUCCUUCCUUCCUCCCAAAGGACCACCCAGAAGGUCUCUGUCCCCACCUCCCAGCCAGGUCCCUCCUCCCCUCGGACCACCCAGACCCUUUCUCCUUCUUCUGGGACCACCUGGAGGACCACUGUCCCCACCUCUCAGACAGGUCCUUCCUCCCCCUGGACCACCCAGACCCUUCCCCCUUCUUCUGGGACCACCUGGAGGACCACUGUCCCCACCUCCCAGCCAGGUCCCUCCUCCCCCCAGACCACCCAGAGACUCUCUGUGGCCACCGGCCAGACGCUUCCUCCCUCUGCCAGGAUCACAGACAGGGUCUCCAGCCCCAGCCCCUCCUCCUCUCCGGGCAUCCCCACGACGACCACCAAGCCCACCUCAGCCCACGCACCCACCACGGUCCCUGUGGUGACCUCAGGUGGGCGGACCACCCCCUGGUCCCAGCCCAGCAGGCCCACCUCCAGGAUCACACCGGUCUCCACAGCCUCGCGGCCCGGCUCCACCACACACACGCUGGCCCCCUCAUCCUCCCCGGGCUGCAGGCCACGGUGCGCGUGGACAGACUGGUUCGACGAGGACUACCCCAUACCGGGCCCCGACGGCGGGGACUUCGAGACCUUCGCGGUCUGGCGCUUGGCCGGGCACGUCUUCUGUGACCGGCCCCGGGACAUCGAGUGCCGAUCAGAGAAGGUGCCCGAUGCGCCCCUGGAGGAGGUGGGGCAGGUGGUCCAGUGCAACGUGAGCUUUGGGCUGGUGUGCCGCAACCGCGAGCAGCCGGGGCCCCUGGCCUACUGCCACAACUUCCACGUGCGACUGCUCUGCUGUGAGGACUACAGCCACUGCGCCACCACCCCCGCCACCACCGCGGCCCCCUCCCCGUCCCCGGUGACCUCCCGUACCUCGGCGAUGCCCACCACCACGCCCACCAGUGUCUCCCGCUCCCUGCCCAGCACCCGGGUCAGUGCGUCCCCGACGUGGCGCACCGAGACCUCGUCCGGCCUCCCCGGCACCGUGCCCAGCACCGCCGGGGCCACCUCCAGCACCAGGACCUCCCUACCGCCCCCCACGACCGAGGCCACCAGCUCCCCGCCAAGCACCGCCCUGGGCUCCUCCACAGUCGCCUCCACGGCCACGUCACCAGCAGUCGGGUCCACGGCCUGCGAGCCUCGCUGCGCCUGGACGGAUUGGCUAGACGAGAGCUAUCCGGUGCCAGGGGCCUCUGGUGGGGACUUUGAGACGUAUGCCAACAUCCGGGCGGCCGGCAAAGCCAUCUGCAAGCGGCCCCUGGACCUGGAGUGUCGGGCCGAGCUGCUGCCCGACGUGCCCCUGCAGGAGCUGGGCCAGGUGGUGCAGUGCAGGCUGGGCGAGGGUCUGGUGUGCCACAAUCGUGACCAGGUUGGCCGGUUCAAGAUGUGCCUCAACUACCACAUCCGCGUGCUCUGCUGUGACGACUACAGCCACUGUCCCGGCACCCUGGCCACCACUACGAUGACCCCCCGGGCCACCAGCCCGGGUCCGACCCCCACACUGGCUGCCAGUACCACCGUCUGGUCCCCAACGACCCCCAGUCCUACAGCGCCCAGCACGGGCCACACCGCGGCCACCUCCCCGUGCCAGCCCGCCUGCCGCUGGACGGGCUGGCUGGACAGUGACCAGCCCCUGCCCGGCCGCUUCGGGGGCGACAUUGAGACCUACUACCACAUCCAGGACACGGGCGGCCAGCUCUGCGCGGAUCCCGAGGCCAUCGAGUGCCAGGCCGUCCUCUUCCCGGACGUGCCCUUGGAGCAGCUGGGCCAGGUGCUACGAUGUGACGUCAACUACGGACUCAUCUGCAGGAACAACCGGCAGAGACGAGGCCAGACGUGCCUCAACUACCACAUCCGCGUGCUCUGCUGUGACGACUACAGCCACUGUGCCAGCUCUGCGGUCCCUGAGCCCACCAGCAGCAGCAGCAGCACAGGACAAAGGUCAUCGCAGGUUCCUGGGCCGCGGACGACGGCCACGCACCCCUCCUCCCCUGCCACCACCCGGAGGGUCACUGUCCCCACCACCCAGACCGUUCCUCCUUCCUCUGUGACCUCCCAGACCCUUCCUUCUUCCCCUGGGACCACCCAGACCCUUUUUACUUCCCCUGGGACCAUCCAGACCCCUCCUCCUUCCUCUGGGACCACCCAGACCCUUCCUUCUUCCCCUGAGACCACCCAGACCCUUCCUUCUUCUCCUGGGACCACCCAGACCCUUUUUACUUCCCUUGGGACCACCCAGAGCCUUUCUGUUUCCUCUGGGACCACCCAGAUCACUCCUUCCUCCCAAAGGACCACCCAGAGGGUCUCUGUCCCCACCUCCCAGCCAGGUCCCUCCUCCCCUCGGACCACCCAGACCCUUUCUCCUUCUUCUGGGACCACCUGGAGGACCACUGUCCCCACCUCUCAGACAGGUCCUUCCUCCCCCUGGACCACCCAGACCCUUCCCCCUUCUUCUGGGACCACCUGGAGGACCACUGUCCCCACCUCCCAGCCAGGUCCCUCCUCCCCCCAGACCACCCAGAGACUCUCUGUGGCCACCGGCCAGACGCUUCCUCCCUCUGCCAGGAUCACAGACAGGGUCUCCAGCCCCAGCCCCUCCUCCUCUCCGGGCAUCCCCACGACGACCACCAAGCCCACCUCAGCCCACGCACCCACCACGGUCCCUGUGGUGACCUCAGGUGGGCGGACCACCCCCUGGUCCCAGCCCAGCAGGCCCACCUCCAGGAUCACACCGGUCUCCACAGCCUCGCGGCCCGGCUCCACCACACACACGCUGGCCCCCUCAUCCUCCCCGGGCUGCAGGCCACGGUGCGCGUGGACAGACUGGUUCGACGAGGACUACCCCAUACCGGGCCCCGACGGCGGGGACUUCGAGACCUUCGCGGUCUGGCGCUUGGCCGGGCACGUCUUCUGUGACCGGCCCCGGGACAUCGAGUGCCGAUCAGAGAAGGUGCCCGAUGCGCCCCUGGAGGAGGUGGGGCAGGUGGUCCAGUGCAACGUGAGCUUUGGGCUGGUGUGCCGCAACCGCGAGCAGCCGGGGCCCCUGCCCUACUGUCACAACUUCCACGUGCGACUGCUCUGCUGUGAGGACUACAGCCACUGCGCCACCACCCCCGCCACCACCGCGGCCCCCUCCCCGUCCCCGGUGACCUCCCGUACCUCGGCGAUGCCCACCACCACGCCCACCAGUGUCUCCCGCUCCCUGCCCAGCACCCGGGUCAGUGCGUCCCCGACGUGGCGCACCGAGACCUCGUCCGGCCUCCCCGGCACCGUGCCCAGCACCGCCGGGGCCACCUCCAGCACCAGGACCUCCCUACCGCCCCCCACGACCGAGGCCACCAGCUCCCCGCCAAGCACCGCCCUGGGCUCCUCCACAGUCGCCUCCACGGCCACGUCACCAGCAGUCGGGUCCACGGCCUGCGAGCCUCGCUGCGCCUGGACGGAUUGGCUAGACGAGAGCUAUCCGGUGCCAGGGGCCUCUGGUGGGGACUUUGAGACGUAUGCCAACAUCCGGGCGGCCGGCAAAGCCAUCUGCAAGCGGCCCCUGGACCUGGAGUGUCGGGCCGAGCUGCUGCCCGACGUGCCCCUGCAGGAGCUGGGCCAGGUGGUGCAGUGCAGGCUGGGCGAGGGUCUGGUGUGCCACAAUCGUGACCAGGUUGGCCGGUUCAAGAUGUGCCUCAACUACCACAUCCGCGUGCUCUGCUGUGACGACUACAGCCACUGUCCCGGCACCCUGGCCACCACUACGAUGACCCCCCGGGCCACCAGCCCGGGUCCGACCCCCACACUGGCUGCCAGUACCACCGUCUGGUCCCCAACGACCCCCAGUCCUACAGCGCCCAGCACGGGCCACACCGCGGCCACCUCCCCGUGCCAGCCCGCCUGCCGCUGGACGGGCUGGCUGGACAGUGACCAGCCCCUGCCCGGCCGCUUCGGGGGCGACAUUGAGACCUACUACCACAUCCAGGACACGGGCGGCCAGCUCUGCGCGGAUCCCGAGGCCAUCGAGUGCCAGGCCGUCCUCUUCCCGGACGUGCCCUUGGAGCAGCUGGGCCAGGUGCUACGAUGUGACGUCAACUACGGACUCAUCUGCAGGAACAACCGGCAGAGACGAGGCCAGACGUGCCUCAACUACCACAUCCGCGUGCUCUGCUGUGACGACUACAGCCACUGUGCCAGCUCUGCGGUCCCUGAGCCCACCAGCAGCAGCAGCAGCACAGGACAAAGGUCAUCGCAGGUUCCUGGGCCGCGGACGACGGCCACGCACCCCUCCUCCCCUGCCACCACCCGGAGGGUCACUGUCCCCACCACCCAGACCGUUCCUCCUUCCUCUGUGACCUCCCAGACCCUUCCUUCUUCCCCUGGGACCACCCAGACCCUUUUUACUUCCCCUGGGACCAUCCAGACCCCUCCUCCUUCCUCUGGGACCACCCAGACCCUUCCUUCUUCCCCUGAGACCACCCAGACCCUUCCUUCUUCUCCUGGGACCACCCAGACCCUUUUUACUUCCCUUGGGACCACCCAGAGCCUUUCUGUUUCCUCUGGGACCACCCAGAUCACUCCUUCCUCCCAAAGGACCACCCAGAGGGUCUCUGUCCCCACCUCCCAGCCAGGUCCCUCCUCCCCUCGGACCACCCAGACCCUUUCUCCUUCUUCUGGGACCACCUGGAGGACCACUGUCCCCACCUCUCAGACAGGUCCUUCCUCCCCCUGGACCACCCAGACCCUUCCCCCUUCUUCUGGGACCACCUGGAGGACCACUGUCCCCACCUCCCAGCCAGGUCCCUCCUCCCCCCAGACCACCCAGAGACUCUCUGUGGCCACCGGCCAGACGCUUCCUCCCUCUGCCAGGAUCACAGACAGGGUCUCCAGCCCCAGCCCCUCCUCCUCUCCGGGCAUCCCCACGACGACCACCAAGCCCACCUCAGCCCACGCACCCACCACGGUCCCUGUGGUGACCUCAGGUGGGCGGACCACCCCCUGGUCCCAGCCCAGCAGGCCCACCUCCAGGAUCACACCGGUCUCCACAGCCUCGCGGCCCGGCUCCACCACACACACGCUGGCCCCCUCAUCCUCCCCGGGCUGCAGGCCACGGUGCGCGUGGACAGACUGGUUCGACGAGGACUACCCCAUACCGGGCCCCGACGGCGGGGACUUCGAGACCUUCGCGGUCUGGCGCUUGGCCGGGCACGUCUUCUGUGACCGGCCCCGGGACAUCGAGUGCCGAUCAGAGAAGGUGCCCGAUGCGCCCCUGGAGGAGGUGGGGCAGGUGGUCCAGUGCAACGUGAGCUUUGGGCUGGUGUGCCGCAACCGCGAGCAGCCGGGGCCCCUGGCCUACUGCCACAACUUCCACGUGCGACUGCUCUGCUGUGAGGACUACAGCCACUGCGCCACCACCCCCGCCACCACCGCGGCCCCCUCCCCGUCCCCGGUGACCUCCCGUACCUCGGCGAUGCCCACCACCACGCCCACCAGUGUCUCCCGCUCCCUGCCCAGCACCCGGGUCAGUGCGUCCCCGACGUGGCGCACCGAGACCUCGUCCGGCCUCCCCGGCACCGUGCCCAGCACCGCCGGGGCCACCUCCAGCACCAGGACCUCCCUACCGCCCCCCACGACCGAGGCCACCAGCUCCCCGCCAAGCACCGCCCUGGGCUCCUCCACAGUCGCCUCCACGGCCACGUCACCAGCAGUCGGGUCCACGGCCUGCGAGCCUCGCUGCGCCUGGACGGAUUGGCUAGACGAGAGCUAUCCGGUGCCAGGGGCCUCUGGUGGGGACUUUGAGACGUAUGCCAACAUCCGGGCGGCCGGCAAAGCCAUCUGCAAGCGGCCCCUGGACCUGGAGUGUCGGGCCGAGCUGCUGCCCGACGUGCCCCUGCAGGAGCUGGGCCAGGUGGUGCAGUGCAGGCUGGGCGAGGGUCUGGUGUGCCACAAUCGUGACCAGGUUGGCCGGUUCAAGAUGUGCCUCAACUACCACAUCCGCGUGCUCUGCUGUGACGACUACAGCCACUGUCCCGGCACCCUGGCCACCACUACGAUGACCCCCCGGGCCACCAGCCCGGGUCCGACCCCCACACUGGCUGCCAGUACCACCGUCUGGUCCCCAACGACCCCCAGUCCUACAGCGCCCAGCACGGGCCACACCGCGGCCACCUCCCCGUGCCAGCCCGCCUGCCGCUGGACGGGCUGGCUGGACAGUGACCAGCCCCUGCCCGGCCGCUUCGGGGGCGACAUUGAGACCUACUACCACAUCCAGGACACGGGCGGCCAGCUCUGCGCGGAUCCCGAGGCCAUCGAGUGCCAGGCCGUCCUCUUCCCGGACGUGCCCUUGGAGCAGCUGGGCCAGGUGCUACGAUGUGACGUCAACUACGGACUCAUCUGCAGGAACAACCGGCAGAGACGAGGCCAGACGUGCCUCAACUACCACAUCCGCGUGCUCUGCUGUGACGACUACAGCCACUGUGCCAGCUCUGCGGUCCCUGAGCCCACCAGCAGCAGCAGCAGCACAGGACAAAGGUCAUCGCAGGUUCCUGGGCCGCGGACGACGGCCACGCACCCCUCCUCCCCUGCCACCACCCGGAGGGUCACUGUCCCCACCACCCAGACCGUUCCUCCUUCCUCUGUGACCACCCAGACCCUUCCUUCUUCCCCUGGGACCACCCAGACCCUUUUUACUUCCCCUGGGACCAUCCAGACCCCUCCUCCUUCCUCUGGGACCACCCAGACCCUUCCUUCUUCCCCUGAGACCACCCAGACCCUUCCUUCUUCCCCUGGGACCACCCAGACCCUUCCUUCUUUCCCUGGGACCACCCAGAGCCUUUCUGUUUCCUCUGGGACCACCCAGACCCUUCCUUCUUCCCCUGAGACCACCCAGACCCUUUUUACUUCCCCUGGGACCACCCAGACCCUUCCUUCUUCCUCUGGGACCACCCAGACCCUUCCUUCUUCCCCUGGGACCACCCAGACCCUUUUUACCUCCCCUGGAACCACCCAGACCCUUUCUUCUUCCUCUGGGACCACCCAUACCCUUCCUUCUUCUCCUGGGACCACCCAGACCCUUUUUACCUCCCCUGGGACCACCCAGACCCUUCCUUCUUCCUCUGGGACGACCCAGACCCUUCCUUCUUUCCCUGGGACCACCCAGACCCCUCCUCCUUCCUCUGGGACCACCCAGACCCUUCCUUCUUCCUCUGGGACCACCCAGACCCUUCCUUCUUCCCCUGGGACCACCCAGACCCUUUUUACCUUCCCUGGAACCACCCAGACCCUUUCUUCUUCCUCUGGGACCACCCAUACCCUUCCUUCUUCUCCUGGGACCACCCAGACCCUUUUUACCUCCCCUGGGACCACCCAGACCCUUCCUUCUUCCUCUGGGACCACCCAGACCCUUCCUUCUUCCCCUGGGACCACCCAGACCCCUCCUCCUUCUUCUGGGACCACCCAGACCCUUCCUUCUUUCCCUGGGACCACAGAGUCCCUUUUUACUUCCCCUGGGACCACCCAGAGCCUUUCUGUUUCCUCUGGGACCACCCAGACCCUUCCUUCUUCCCCUGGGACCACACAGACCCUUUUUACCUCCCCUGGGACCACCCAGACCCUUCCUUCUUCCUCUGGGACCACCAAAUCCCUUCCUCCUUCCUCUGGGACCACCCAGACCCCUCCUCCUUCCUCUGGGACCACCCAGACCCUUCCUUCUUCCCCUGGGACCGCACAGACCCUUUUUACUUCCCCUGGGACCACCCAGACCCCUCCUCCUUCCUCUGGGACCGCCCAGACCCCUGCUCCUUUCUCUGGGACCACCCAGACCCUUCCUUCUUCCCCUGGGACCACCCAGACCCUUUUUACCUCCCCUGGGACCACCCAGACCCUUCCUUCUUCCCCUGGGACCACCCAGACCCUUUUUACCUCCCCUGGGACCACCCAGACCCUUCCUUCUUCCUCUGGGACCACCCAGACCCUUCCUUCUUCCCCUGGGACCACCAAAACCCUUCCUCCUUCCUCUGGGACCACCCAGACCCCUCCUCCUUCCUCUGGGACCACCCAGACCCUUCCUUCUUCCCUUGGGACCACGCAGACACUUCCUUCUUCCCGUGGGACCACCCAGACCCUUUUUACUUCCCCUGGGACCACCCAGAGCCUUUCUGUUUCCUCUGGGACCACCCAGAUCCUUCCUUCCUCCCAAAGGACCACCCAGAGGGUCUCUGUCCCCACCUCCCAGCCAGGUCCCUCCUCCCUUCGGACCACCCAGACGCUUCCUCCUUCCUCUGGGACGACCCAGAUCUUUCCUUCUUCCCCCAGGACCACCCAGGCCCCUCCUUCUUCUGGGACCACCUGGAGGACCACUGUCCCCACCUCCCAGCCAGGUCCCUCCUCCCCCCAGACCACCCAGAGACUCUCUGUGGCCACCGGCCAGACGCUUCCUCCUUCUGCCAGGAUCACAGACAGGGUCUCCAGCCCCAGCCCCUCCUCCUCUCCGGGCAUCCCCACGACGACCAGCAAGCCCACCUCAGCCCACGCACCCACCACGGUCCCUGUGGUGACCUCAGGUGGGCGGACCACCCCCUGGUCCCAGCCCAGCAGGCCCACCUCCAGGAUCACACCGGUCUCCACAGCCUCGAGGCCCGGCUCCACCACACACACGCUGGCCCCCUCAUCCUCCCCGGGCUGCAGGCCACGGUGCGCGUGGACAGACUGGUUCGACGAGGACUACCCCAUACCGGGCCCCGACGGCGGGGACUUCGAGACCUUCGCGGUCUGGCGCUUGGCCGGGCACGUCUUCUGUGACCGGCCCCGGGACAUCGAGUGCCGAUCAGAGAAGGUGCCCGAUGCGCCCCUGGAGGAGGUGGGGCAGGUGGUCCAGUGCAACGUGAGCUUUGGGCUGGUGUGCCGCAACCGCGAGCAGCCGGGGCCCCUGGCCUACUGCCACAACUUCCACGUGCGACUGCUCUGCUGUGAUGACUACAGCCACUGCGCCACCACCCCCGCCACCACCGCGGCCCCCUCCCCGUCCCCAGUGACCUCCCGUACCUCGGCGAUGCCCACCACCACGCCCACCACUGUCUCCCGCUCCCUGCCCAGCACCCGGGUCAGUGCGUCCCCAACGUGGCGCACCGAGACCUCGUCCGGCCUCCCCGGCACCGUGCCCAGCACUGCCGGGGCCACCUCCAGCACCAGGACCUCCCUACCGCCCCCCAUGACCGAGGCCACCAGCUCCCCGCUGAGCACCGCCCCGGGCCCCUCCCCGGCUGCCUCCACGUCCCUGCCUGUCAUGGUGUGGACCUCGUCCACUUCCGUGGUCACCACACCGAGGCCCCCAGCAUCCAGCAGCACACACUUCACCACCGGCUGCCUCUGCCAGGCAUACGGGCAGCUCUUCUCUCCCGGGGAUGUGGUCUACAACAAGACGGACAGUGCGGGCUGCCACUUCUCUGCCAUCUGCAACCAGCGCUGUGAGAUUGACCGCUUCCAGAGCACCUGCCCCACCUCCUCACCCCCAGCAUCCUCGGCUCCCCUGUCCCCCUCCUCCGCAGCUCCUCCCUGCGACCUCCUCGUCCCUCCCCGACAGGUGAACGAGUCCUGGACCCUGCCGGACUGCACGGUGGCCCGGUGUGAAGGCAACAACCGCAUGGUGCUUCUGGAGCGGAAGUCAGCGGCCAGCGUGAGCUGCGUGAAUGGGCAUCGGCCAGUCAGAGUGUGGCAGGGGAGCGAGCCGUGUGACUUCCGUUUUGAGUGCGAGUGCUUGUGCAGCGGCUGGGGUAACUCUCACUACAACACCUUUGACGGCACCUCCUACUCCUUCGUGGACAACUGCACCCACGUGCUCAUGCGGGAGAUCCGCCCGCGCCACGGGAACCUCAGCAUCUACAUGCACAACUACUACUGUGGGGCCACCUCAGCCACUGCCCAGUGUCCCCGCGCCCUCAGCACCCGCUAUAAGUCCACGGAGGUCAUCCUCACCACCAGCACCGGCGCCAACGGGCAGGAGGAGCCCCUGAUAUUGUUUGACCGAAAGCAAGUGAGCCCGGGCUUUGCAAAGAACGGCGUGAGUGUGUCCGUGACAGGCACCACCACGAUGGGCAUCGACAUUCCUGCCCUUGAAGUCAGCAUCAGCUUCGACGGACACGUCUUCCAGGUCCGGCUGCCCUACACCCGCUUCAGCCACAACACGGAGGGCCAGUGCGGCACCUGCACCAACAGCCAGACAGACGACUGCCGCCAGCCAGACGGCACCACCGCCCCCACCUGCCAAGACAUGGCCCAUACCUGGCUGGUCAGGGAGAGCAGCAGGGAGGACUGCGGGGCACCCACCCCCCAGCCCCCGGUACCACCCGCCACGCCCACCUCCUCCCCAUGCCCCCCAGCACCUCUCUGCGAGCUGUUGCUGAGCCCGGUCUUCGCAGAGUGCCACGGCCUCAUCCCGCCGGGCCCGUUCUUCAGCUCCUGCGUCAGUGAUGGCUGCCAAGCCGACCGCCAGGCGCCCUGCAUGAGCCUGGAGGCCUACGCAGCACUCUGCCGUGCCCAGGGCGUGUGCAGCAGCUGGCGCGACGCCACCGGCGGGCUGUGCAACUUCACCUGUCCGUCCGGCAAGGUGUACCAGCCGUGUGGCCCCGCACAGCCCGCGUCCUGCGACUCCAGGCGCCAGAGCGAAGUGGGCAAGGGGCUGGCGGAAGGCUGCUUCUGCCCGGAUGGACACACCCUCUUCAACACGCACACCAACGUCUGCGUGCGCGAGUGCGGCUGUGUGGGACCAGACGGGUUUCCCAAAUCUCCCGGGGAGCGGUGGGUCAGCAACUGCCAGGACUGCGUGUGUCACGAGGGCUCCCUGUCGGUGCGGUGCACGCCCGUGCUGUGCGAAGCCCAGGACCGGCCCCUGCAGUGCAGCCGGGCGGGCCUGGUGACUGUGACCAGGCCUGUGGCUGACAAGCCGUGCUGCCUGGAGACGCUGUGCGUCUGCAACACGACCACCUGCCCCCAGAGCCCACCCAAAUGUGUGCCGGGAGAGGAGCUGGUGGCCACCCAGGAGGAGGGCGACUGCUGCCCCACCUUCAGCUGCCGACCUAAGCUGUGCACCUACAAUGGCACCGCCUAUGGGAUCGGUGCAACCUUCCCAGCGGUCACUCCCUGCCACACAUGCACCUGCCUGUCCGUGGACACCCAGCAGCCAACGGUGCAGUGUGAGGAGGACAAUUGCAGCACCACCUGCCCCCAGGGCUUCCAGUACCAGAAGGUGGACGGACAGUGCUGUGGGGAGUGCGUGCAGACAGCGUGUCUCACCCCGGACGGCCGGCUGGUCCAGCCCAACGAGACCUGGGUCAACAGCCUCGUGGACAACUGCACGGAGUACCGCUGCGACGCCAAGAACGGGCUCCACGUGCUCACCCCGAGGCCGCUGCCCUGCCCGGACCCGUCCAGCUGCAAGGGCAUCCUCAGGAAAACUGGCUGCUGCUACUCCUGUGAGGAAGUGGACUCCUGCCAAGUCCGGGUCAACAGGACGGUCCUGAGACACCAGGGCUGCGCCACCCAGGCCCCGGUCAACGUCACCUUCUGCGAGGGCUCGUGCCCAGGAGUGUCCAAGUUCUCCAUGGAGGCCCAGGCCAUGCAGCGUCAGUGCACCUGCUGCCAGGAGACAAGGCUUCACGAGGAGGUGGUGACCAUGCAGUGUCCCGAUGGGACAGCGGUCCAGCACACCUACACCCACGUGGACGAGUGCAGCUGUGCUGCGUCCUGCGUCCCUGCUCCCGAGGCUCCCGAGGACAGCACCCCCAUCUUCUCGAUCUAGGGGUCCACCACUGGCUGUUGCCAUUCUGACCCCAUCCCACAAGCUCCCUCCCUCCCCCUCCGGAGCCAGAACGCUCACUACCCAACCCCGGACAGCCGGGCCAGCCUGCUGCAGGAGUCCGAGCACACCCUCCACCCGUGCCCUCGCGACACCUGCGCCCUGGAGGUGAUGGUGCCAUGACGGCCCGCCUGAGGGGGGCUCCAGGAGGGGGCCUUGCCCUCGGAGCCCCUUCAGCACGUCUUGGCCACCUGCCUGGCCAUCAGGGCCGACCCCUCAUUUGAGACACAAGCGCCUGCUCCGUCCGGACUCGCCCCCUUCUUGGCGUCAGAGGUGUGCCCCAUAGCAAAGUGCGCAUCAGCUACCAUGCUGCUCCCUGCACUGUGGGCCUGCGUGCCCCCCUCCUGCCCCCCGCUGCUCCUCAAAGCCCCGGGGAACAGAUUCCUGCUGGCCACCUCCUGCAGCAGAAUUCAGGCUGAGGCCCGUCCAGGCAAGGCCAGGCCGGCAGCCUCCAGGGAGCGGUGCCAGGCAGGCCCGUGUCUGGACCCAGGCGUGGGGUUACCAUGGCCGACAGGAGGGCCCGGGGCAGGGGUGGGGGGCGUCGGAGCUCCCUCUGCUCACUCCGCCCCGAUCUUGCAAAUAAACGCUGAGCAUUGUGUACAUGUCUUGGCCCUGGAGUCUUUUCCGCCAACUGAGUGCCCCCCUCCGUGUGUCUGUGGGCCAGGCAGGGCCCCUCAGGCUGUAUAGCACCCCCAGGGCUCGUGCCGGACCCGCUGGGAGGGACAGGUGGGUGAGGGGCAAGGAGGCCCCUCGGGGUCAGUCUUGGGCUGUGGGGAAUUGGCUGGGGCCAGGCGUGAGUCAUCAUUUCAAACACACGGGAUUUAUAAGGAGACUGUUUCACUGGUGUCGGAAGACCGGAAAACCCGCUGGCAGCGUGGACGCAGCCCAGGGCCGUGUCAGCGCAGGCAGCAGCUGCCUCGUGGGCUGGGUGCACACGGAAGAGGGGUGCUCCAUGCUGC